GCGUUCGGAGCGCAUGCAGGACGGACGGCACUGGGGGCUUCCCUUCUGUCUGAUGGAGACGGGCUAAAGAGGGACAAGCUCCGGCCGGCAGAGACCUCCUCGAGGAUCCCGCAGGACGGACUCCGACCUGCUGCUGUACAAGCCCGGGGGGAGAAGGCACGACACAGGGGAGACACUGGAGAUCCUUCAUCAUCUGAAGCCCCCUGUUUCUCUUCCUGGGUGUGUCUUGGGGAUUUUGUUUAACAUGCACGCUCAUAUGAGUGUGUAGCUUGUAGAGUCGAGAGAAGUGUUUCGUGUGUGUGUUUGUGUGUAUUACUUGAAGCACAGAGAUGGGCUCGGUGGGAGCAGAGCGCCGCAGGCCCACACCGGUGCUGACGCCCGAAGAGAGGGAUGUGUGGAGGGAUGGAGGAAGAGCUGGAUGGAGGGAUGGAGGCAGGGAGGGCUGGAGGGAGGGGAGAGAGGGGAGAGAGAGCGGCGUGGUGCAGAGCUACAGCUUCGACUCGUACCAGCUGGAGGAGGAGGAGAUCAGUAAAGACGCCCCGGAGCGAGGAGUGCUGGCUCUGUCUGAGCCCGACUUUGAGGAGCCGAUCCCUGACGACCGUUACCAUGGCAUCUACUUUGCAAUGCUAUUGGCUGGCGUGGGUUUCCUGCUCCCCUACAACAGCUUCAUCACCGAUGUGGACUACCUGCAUCACAAGUUUCAAGGAACCUCCAUAGUGUUCGACAUGAGUCUGACGUACAUCCUGGUGGCUCUGUUGGCCGUCAUCCUCAACAACGUGCUGGUGGAGAGGCUCAGCUUGCACACUAGGAUCACUGUGGGUUACAUCUUAGCUCUCGGGCCGCUGGUCUUUGUCAGCGUGUUUGAUGUGUGGCUGGCCAAGUUCACCACCAGGCAGGCUUAUAUCAUCAACCUUGUGUCAGUGGGAGUGGUGGCCUUCGGAUGUACAGUGCAGCAGUCCAGUUUCUAUGGUUACAUGGGGAUGCUACCCAAGAGGUACACGCAGGGGGUGAUGACUGGAGAGAGUACAGCAGGUGUAAUCAUCUCCCUGUCUCGCAUCUUCACCAAGCUGCUGAUCCCCGACGAGAGGAGGAACACGCUCAUCUUCUUCCUCGUCUCCAUCAGCAUGGAGAUGCUCUGCUUCCUGCUUCACCUGCUCGUCCGACGCUCCCAAUUCGUCCGCUACUACACCAGCCAGGCCCAGUGCAAAGCUCCGGGCAAAGUUCACGACGCACGUGACAACGGAACGGGAUACAGAGUUCACCACGAUGUCACCUCAGAGGAAGUAAGAUUUGGAAACGGUGGGACGGCACCGACCUCUGCAGAGGAAGUCGUUGAGGACUUUGAGGGCGGGACGUAUGUGCGAUUCGACGCCCCGAAAGCCAAGAUAAGGAGGAGCUGGCCCGGUGUCCGUGACAUGAUCUUGCAUCGUUACGUGGUGUCCCGUGUGAUCUGGGCCUACAUGCUGUCCAUAGCAGUGACCUACAGCAUCACCCUGUGUCUGUUCCCCGGGCUGGAGUCGGAGAUACGAAACCCCACCUUAGGAGAGUGGCUCCCCAUCCUCAUCAUGGCCACCUUCAACAUGUCCGACUUUGUUGGCAAGAUCCUGGCAGCCCUGCCGUACGACUGGUCCGGAGGCCGCCUGCUCUUCUUCUCCUGCCUGAGGGUGGUCUUCAUCCCUCUGUUUGUCAUGUGUGUGUACCCGGCCAGCGCGCCCACCCUGUCCCAUCCCGCCUGGCCCUGUCUCUUCUCUCUCUUCAUGGGAGUCACCAAUGGAUACUUCGGGUCUGUGCCGAUGAUCCAGGCUGCGGGCAAGGUGCCGCCCGAACAGAGGGAGCUGGCAGGGAACACCAUGACAGUCUCCUACAUGACAGGCUUGAUGGUGGGCUCCGUCGUGGCAUACGCGGCUUACAGCUUCGCCGCUCCAGCAUCAGGAACACACUUCUCCACACUCAACAUACACCCACCUGCCAACGCUACCGGGUAUUGAAUGUCCACACACAAUAAGACACACACAGAUGCAAACACACACACACACACAUGUACACACACUUACCUGCAGGCAUUUACACACAUGAGAUUCAGGAGAAGCCUGCGCAGGCUGGUGGACUGGAGUCCAGCUGCAGAGGACGAGAAGACGUCUGUAAAGAACUCUUUAAAGGUUCAUGUUUAUACUCUGAGAUUGAUUCUCCUUUGUCCAGAUCAUUCUUUGAUUUUACUCACUGGAUAAAGAUUGUGGAAUAAGAUACAAAAAAAUUGAGGAUUUUAUGUUAAACAGUGAAAACGUCGCAGAUUUCUCCACUCUCUCUGGUGGUCCUCUGACCUUCAAAUGUCAUGGCUCUGCUGUGAUGAACUUUUCCCUGGAGGUGAAGAACAGGAGCCGUGCAUCUGUCAGAAAGCCAACAGAAGCCCUUUUGAGUGUCUCACAGUGAAAUUAUUGUCUGCAUGUGUGUGUGAACAGACCGGCUGACAUUUGUACAGUGUAAAGUCAAGCAGCUUUUCGCUGCAGGGAACGAACGGCUCGCAGUUUUCGAGGACGGGUCACAUAUGUUACAUUUCACUAUGUUGAUAUUCAGAGCGGAGAGAUGAUGUCACUGUGGAUUUUCCCGGAGCAGUUGUUUCUGCUUUUUUUCUCAUUAUAUUCUCUGACCGCACGGUUCAAAAGCUACGACUAAAGCGACUUGAAGGGACCUUUAUAUAACUCACAGUGAAACAGGAGCUCCCGUAUAACAGGAGAUCAUUGUGAGUGUGUGCAAUUAUGAGACGGAUUUAAAGAGAGAGUUCUGAUUUGUUGGGGUGAGGUUGUAUGAGGCGGGCUACUUAUCCAUAGUCAGCGUAUACCUCAUACAACCUCACUCCAAAAAAUCUGAGAAUAUAAUGAGAAAGAAAAAGCUGAAAGGUGGAGCAAUGUUGAAGCUUUUUGGAGUUAUUAUGAGUCUGUGCAUUUGCAGUUGCUGCUCUCUGUUCUUUGCUAAAAGAAGACGAGAAUAAGCAGACAGUCUGUUCGGUGAGCUUCACGUCACCUUAUUGCACCCUCUGAUGGCUGGACAGAGCACCGAAUGCUGGUAUGAGUUUACCAAAUGACAUAUGGUGAUAGCUGUUGUAUUUUUAAAAAAAUGGUUUGUGUCCCCUCUGUGUCCCUCUGAACGGUGUCUGUGUGUAACAUCCAUGUAAUGAUGUGGGAUAUUAUAGGGAGACAAAUAUGUGCCAAAAAGUCUGUUUCUGAUCAGUGUUAGCAGCUGAGAAAAGAGUGAAUGUAAGAUAAAAGUUGUAAAUAUAUAGAAUUAAACGCACUCAAGGCGGUGAAGAGCUCUUAAUUUAACGCCACUAGAAAAUAUAAAAUUCAUAUGUUUUGUAGCUUUAUUUGGCAGAACCGAUUUAUCAUUUUACAGCUUCUCAGUUCCUCCACAUUUCCCGUUGGAUUGGAUUAAUUUCUCAUCAAUAAGAGAAUCUCCUGACAGUGCAGAGUUCAGACUUUAUACAUUAUGAAGAAAACAGGCCUCGGUGUAGAAAGCCAUGAAGUGCACUACAUUAUGGAGGUGACGGCUUGAAUGCAGCCUAAUGUUAAUGGUGCCUUUUGGGAGCGCCCCUCGUUACUGUAUGUCCUGCUGUGCUGCCUGAGGCUGCUCUCCGCUCACUGAGCUGCCGGGGUUGAAGGUGUUUUUAGUUAUGUUUGGUCAGAUGUGUCAUUAAAGGACAUGAAAAGUCUCUCUUUCCUUCUCUGUCUCUCUCUUUGGGAGAAACUUAAGGCACAUUUGAGAGAAGAAGGAUCUCACUUUUCAAAGAGUUGCAUGUUAAACCCGUAUUUCUUUCAACCCUUCAAGCUAAUAUAAAGGAAAGGUUUGACAUUUAGGGACAUACACUUAUUAACUGUCUUGUGGAGAGUUAGAUGAGAAGAUACCACUCUCAUGUCUGUAUUUUAAAUGAGGCGACAGCCAGCAGCCGGUUAGCUUAGCUUUACAUAGAUGCUGCAGGGGAAACAGCUAGCUUGGCUAACACAAUCCACCUACCAGCACCUCUAAAUUAACGUCAUAUAUCUCGUUUGUUUAAUCUGUUGAGAAUAAGCGUAUUUCACAAAAUGUUGAAAUAUUUACUGCAGUGGCAGAUUAUUUGACUAUAAUCAUAAAACAAGUGUCCUUUUAAUAAGAAAUCUGCGUAGUGAUCUGCCAGAGCAACACACAGUUUAAAGUUAAACUGAAGUGGAGAAAAUAAAUCCCGCAGACUGACACUUUAAUCUGUUUAAAACGGACACUUUCAAAUCUUAUUAAUGAGCUACUCUAAGAAAGAGUUUUCUGAUGAAUCAUUUAUCAUUUCAGAACAUAUCUUUUGCAUUUGCUGACACUUCUAUCCGGAGUAACAGUAGAAUAAGCCUCUCCAGAAUGAGACCCCACAGGAAGCGCUCUGACUGGAUCACUGUGAGAAGAAAUCUCCAGCUACAUGCAAACACACCGACCUGUGACCGGUAUUUUUUUGACUGGGGAAAAAAACUUUAAAACUGCGUUUUAUAUCUGUCAGCCUGACAGGUGACGUCCUGCUUCUGUUUUCCUCCCAACCAACAGCAAAGAAUUUCUUCAGAAGCGCGUCAUGCGACUGUUUUAGACUGAGCGCCCAUGUGACUGCACACUGUGAAGCAUCAUGAGGGUGUAAAAAGAAGGAGAUCCAGACACUACACUGUAUGUGUAUGUGCGUAUAUAUAUAUAUACAUACAUAUACAUAUAUACAUGUGUGUGUAUAUAUCUACUGUAACAUAAUAUAUUUUGCAGAUGAUAGAGCCUUUGUGAUGCAGAAUUUGGUCCUUUUUUGGGUGUCUAAUUUAGGUUUUUUCAAAAAUAUGUGCGUUCAACAACCAAAACAACCUGCCUGGUUUCAGGAGUGGGAGGAUAAUUAUUAUUAACUCCAUGUAUCAGUCUAAAUUCUAACCAGGAUUGGAGCAGAUUUGAUCAGCACUCAGUGUUUCAUUCCUGACACUAUUUAUACAUAAAAAAUUAUACUUAUUGCUGAGCCAAAUAAUCAAAAUAUGACUAAUACCACCCUCCAGAACUUGCUAACUUGUGUAUGUGCAAAAUUCUCCAGUCAUGUGAACAGAAAUUUAGUUUUAUUGUAAAUAUGUCAUGAUUUCGGUUUAAUUUUCUGUUUGUGGCCAUCAUCAGAGCUUAAUAAAACAUUUGUUUACAUCCGUG